AUGCUAACAGAGGUCAAUACCCAGGAAUCAAUAACUUCAACAGCCCUCCAUGAAUCUGAUAAUAAUCUGAUCGAAAUGGAUAAAGAAGAUGAAAUACUUGGUUCAAGAUUAGGAAAUAACUUGGUCGAAAUAGAUGAAAAUGAAGCAUUUGAUUUAGAAAUGAUCCAGGCCUGUAAGCAAAAGGUUGAAGCUAUAAGGCGUAUGGCAGAUCAUCUCGAGCAAAAACUUGCAGCAAAUAAUUUCAACCACGUUAUUUGUGUAACAAAUAAUAUGGAUAGGUUGUUCACAAUAUUAAAUGAUAUUAAGACUGUGCAAAAUAGAAGAAGGCGUAAUUAA